CCACACGCCCGUGGCGAUUCCAUAUAUCGAUAUUUCUUAUUUAACUUGGGGAGAAAGACUUUUCUUUCUGCUUUAUUCCUACUAAAUAUCAGAGAAUCAUUUCCUAGAAAAGGUCAGGAGUGAGGAAAACAUACGAUAAAUUCUCGUGGCCCGUUUUUUUUUCUAGUUCCUAGGACCCGGUUCGACUAUGAACCGAACGUCGAGGACGGGCGAGCCGUAUGGGAGUGAUGGGCUCAACCAAAGUCCGGACUACCUCCCAAACGACCUCAUUACGAAUCAAGACCUCAAUGACAUCUCCGACUCCAGAGAAAAGAGAAGUCCUUCCACUAGGAGUAUAGACAACUCAGGAGAUUCCGCAGCUGAGGAUGGGGACCCGGAUGGCAAAAACCUUGGAGCAUCACGUGUAACUAUUACUACCAAAGAAGCUCCCCAGGUGAGCAGCGACGACAGCAGCUCGAUCAGAUCUCCCAAGAGAUCUCCUUGGGGUCGUAUAACGCAUACUAUUAUUACCUUCGGGAAGUUUGUCGGCCCUGGUUUUCUCGUCGCCGUUGCAUACAUUGAUCCUGGCAACUAUUCUACUGACAUAAGUGCUGGUGCUGAAAAUCAGUUUCGGUUAUUGUUUAUUAUUCUCAUGAGCAACCUGUUUGCUAUCUUCCUUCAAUGUCUCUCUAUCAAGCUGGGAACCGUCACUGGAAUGAACUUGGCUGAGGCAUGUCGCGCAUUUUUACCGCGAUGGAUCAAUUACUUCUUAUAUUUCUUGGCUGAAGCAGCCAUUAUCGCAACCGAUAUCGCUGAGGUCAUCGGUACUGCCAUUGGAUUAAAUCUACUCAUACCCAAACUGCCUCUUGUUGCUGGUUGCGCUAUAUCAAUCUUAGAUGUAAUGAUUAUUCUGAUUUUUUAUAAACCCAACGGUUCGGUCGGCGGUCUUCGCAUUUUCGAGUGGGGCGUUAUGCUGCUUGUGUUUGCAGUCGUUAUUUGCUUCUGCAUUCAGCUGUCACUCAUACAAGGCAGCACUGCCGGCGAAGUCUUGAUAGGCUACGUACCAAAUGAUUCUAUAACUAAGUCUGGAGGUCUGUUUCAAGCAUGUGGUAUCUUAGGUGCUACGGUAAUGCCGCAUUCUCUAUACCUGGGCUCCGGUAUAGUACAGACCCGCCUCAUGGACUAUGACAACAAACGCGGUCUCCUCCCGCCUCGGCCCGCAUCCAGCAGCAAUAACAGCAACGACUCCGGAAUAACGGAAGCAAAGACAUACUAUAUUCCCAGCCUAAAAGCGAUUAAACAUUCUUUGAAAUACUCAUAUGCCGAGGUCGCCAUCUCGCUAUUUACCUUCGCGCUGUUCGUCAACAGCGCGAUCCUCAUCGUCGCCGGCGCCAGUCUCUUCAACAACCCAGACGCCCUCGAGGCCGACAUCUUUGGCAUCCACGACUUGCUCUCGCAGAGCAUCAGCCCUGCAGCCGGCACCAUCUUUGCACUCGCGCUCCUAUUCUCGGGUGUAUCCGCGGGUAUCGUGUGCACGAUAUCUGGACAGAUGAUCUGCGAGGGUGCGCUGCACUGGCGCAUGAAGCCAUGGCUGCGCCGCCUCGUCACCCGUUCUAUUUCCAUCACCCCUAGCAUCAUCAUCGCCGGCGCUACCGGCCGCGAAAAGCUUAAUGAUGCGCUGAACGGCAGCCAGGUCGCUCUCAGCGUCGUGUUGCCUUUCGUCACGGCCCCCUUGAUCUGGUUCACGUGCUUUAACAAGUACAUGACAGUGCAGACGGGCAAUGCGAGAUAUAAGACCGAGGGCAAGGACUCAUUCACGAUUAAUGGUGUGUCGUUGAGUAAAGAUACUAGCGGUCGGGAGCUCGCAACGCCGGAAGGUAAACUCGUUCAAAUGGCGAAUCCGUGGUACGUUUCUGUGCUUGCGGGUAUUAUUUGGGUCAUUUUGGUCGUUAUGAACGUCGCGAACUUGGUGUUACUCGGUCUUGGAAAUUAAAUGAUGGUCAUAUCGUUGACCUGAUACCCGCGCCGUGGACUGCAUAUCAAUCUGUAGUCCGAAUCAGCGGGUUGCUCCAAGCCAUGUAACACAUUUCUGGGCUGCAAUAUCCCCAGUCCUGUGGCAGCGUCUGGUUUUUUUCCGGAUUCCCUUUUCUCACACCAUUUUUGGAACUCAUGAGCAAUUACGAAUACCCUUUUUCAUUUUGCUAUUUCCAUUUUAGACCGAGACCUCUUAGAAGCACCGUCAUUACCGUUUUACGCAAGACCGACAUGACAGGAUUACAGCAUAUUUAGGAUUGCAUCUAGCGACACAAAAUCAUUGGAGUUGUAGAUGCCAUGGAUAACAUGGGCAACAUGGGCAAGGAAAGUGGAAGGUACUAGGUACCUACCUAGUAGUAUGUACUGUACCUCAGUGGAGUGUGCAUAUAUACCCAGUACAGCGUAUAUACUAUGUAUAAACAAAUACACAUCAAUUCAAAGAA